UCGAAGGAUUCAACAUCCUCUCCUAACGUUAUCUAAGGGUAAUAGUAGUUGUUUUAACAAUACCUAAUACACAUUAUUUAAAAAAAACUGUCUUUACUGUCGACACUCAAAAUAUCUAUAGAAUGUGUUUUUAAAAAUUACCUUUAGAGUGAUUUUUUUUUUUUAAUUAUCUGUUGAGGGCAAUGGCUUCACAAAGACUUGUUUCCCCUGUUUCCAUGGAUCUGCUUCAUUCAAUAUUAACACAUACGGUGUCAAUGCGACACCCUGUUACACGCUGUUAUCUUAGCAUCGGGGCAGAGCUUUGACGCGAUGGUGCUGGCUAUUAUUUAGAAGCGGCCUUUCAUGUUUAUAAUUCACAUGUAAAUAGUCGAAUCAUGUAGCCGCUCCCAAUUUUAUGAUGGAGCGAGAGACACUGAGAAGCGAGGAGGGCGGAUCGGAGAGGAGAGUGCGAUUCCGCGUGGCAUCCGCGAGCAGCGGCCGCGUGCUGAGGGAGGUGUUCAGAGUGCAAGCGUCUGAAGACUCGGCGGAUUCGGACACCGCCAGCAGCUCAGAGCCCGAACGCGCCACCUCGCCUGUCAUCAGUGAGGCCAACAGCCACCUGAGUGGCCUUACAGGAACAGAGCCGGACGACUGCGGGAGCGAGCAAGAUGACUUGCUUAUGUAUGCAAGCACCGCGAAGCAGCAACUCUUCAGCAGCAAACGUGUGAAUAUUUUCAGUAAGAAUGGCAGUGUUCGCGGCGUAAGGGAUAAAGUGAGCGCGGGACAGGUGCUCUUCAACAAUCUGUCCGUGCUGUAUGGGGGUUCUCUGCAUGGAAACAGGCAAAAGAGACCACGAGCUUCCAUCUGCAAAGGAAACUUCAGUAGCUUAAAGUAGUGUGUAGCAGAAUAUAGGGUCACAUGAGGACAAAAGGGUAAGUGGCCUCAAUAUAAGCCAAGCCCAAGGAUUCAUUUGGUCAGUUGGUAUGAACUAGGACCAGUGGAAGCUUAUGUCAGAGCAUAAACACUGAGUUCCUGGUGUUGUUCCAUCUCUAAAAUGUUCAGUUGUUCUUCAGCUGCAUAUUAAACCGUGCAGCCAACAGCUGCAGAAUCAUCAGGGCUCACUGCAGCUGAGUUAUAUUUUUAAAUUACAUACACAUACUGAUUAUUUGUUUAUGGAUUUAAAUUGUAAAUAUGCCCGUUGUAUUAAAAAUGUUUCUUUUGCAUUGCAAUGUUUUGAUUAAAUAACAAGAAUGACUACAAUGUUUGAAAGCAACCCUCUGUUCAGCUUUGCAUAUUAAUGUUUAUUUUGUUCUAAAUCUUGUUGUAUCUUUAGUAACAUGAAAACUGUAUUUUUUUUGUUACAUUUCCAUGUUCUUUAAUAGAAUUUCUGUCUUGUUACUUUUUAUAGACAGGAGACAUACAUGUCUAAAGUAUCUAAAAAACUAUAGACUAUUGUCAAAAUAUAAACUUUAUCAUAUUUAUUUUGUGAGAGCACAAAAACGUUUGUAAUAAAUUCACAAGGAGUGAUGCAAAUGAAUAUUGGUGUCCACAUUCUCCAGCUGUGCAAGUUAAAUAAUGAAUAAUAACAGAAGGUCAUACAGCUCAUUUUCCUCUGCAUUAUUCAGUGUUUAUUUCCAGAGAGUGAGGGAGAGCUAAAGUGAGAGAGAUAUAUAAUAGAAUAAGGAGUUGGUUAUCUCACAUAUAAUCAGGUUAUGUUUAGGAGGUCCCAGGUGACAGUGCCCAAGUCGCACAGAGGUAAGGUGAAGGAAUGAGAGAUUCAAGUACAGUGGAUUCAGAAAGUAUUUAGAGCCUUUUACUUAUUGCACACAUUACUGUGUUGAGGAUUUGAUGUUGAAUGGAUAUAAUUGUCACUUAUAUCCAUAAUGAUGAAGAGAAAACUUUUUUGGGGAGUUUCAAAAAUAAAAUAAGCACCAAAUUGUGGUCAGGUGCAUCCUGUUUACUUUAAUUAUCCUUGAUACGUGUUUCAAGCUGUGUCUCAAAUGGUCUAUUCAUUUAGUCUUUCACUAAUCACCACAGUUUUAUAUAGAACAGUAUAUAAGGUACCCAUAAGGGAAACAGCAGACAGAAUUCGGACACUAGCUUGCACCAGAAACAUAUCAUUGUAACCUUUUGUCGUGUAUACUAUCUGUAACAUCAACAACGUGUACCCUAGCGGUACAAUCACAACACACGGAAGUAAGGCAGUUUUACAGCUUUAUGUUGUGACUAAUAAUACCCAGCUCUAUAGCUACACCCAUAUUCCUAUUUUAUCAAUAAAAACUAGUGUGUAAAGUACUAUAAUGCUUAUUUCUUGAGCACAAGCUUAAUUUAUUCUGGUUUGCAUUAAGAUUAACAUUCUGUGGCUCACCUGAAAUAGAACCUGUCAACAUGUCUGUUAUGCUUACAGUCCUACUAAAUACAGCACUAACACCUGCUUUAGGAAACUGCUGCUCAUUAUGGUACCUUUGCGUAAGUAGUGAACAUCAGUUGUUCACUACAUUCCCAGUGCACUAUGCGGAACAAUGUAAUUAAGUAUAUAGGGGAAUUAUAUUGAGAAUUUGGACAGCACUAUAAAAUGGCUGACACUUUAAAUAGAAAAUAAACAGUAAGUAGGGUGUGAAUUCAGAUACAACUUGAACCGAUGGGACAUCGUAUGGAAUGACAAACUUAAGAAAUCAAGCUGUGAUGUCCAAUGAAAUGUGGAUCUCCACAGUCAAAUUGUAGCAAGGCAUAUGUUAAGGAUAAGGUUUUUAAUUGUUAUUGAGAAUUUUCUCCAUAUUUAUACUCAAUUUUUAUUGUGCCAGUGCAGUUGUACAUACCAUAAAGCAAGUACAAACACAUGGAAGAGGUUCUAACAAAAUGUUACAUAUUUUCUUACUAUACAAUUCUGAUUUAGAAUUAAAAUGUACAUUGGCAGUUUGGGGUCUUUGUGGUUGAACGGUACUCUUCAAGCUUUUAAGUUUAUUUGCUGCAUGUAACAAUCUAAGCUUAGACAAUGAAAUUGAUACUUGCCAAAGGUUCCCCAGUAAGCAAACAAUCAGAACAGGAAAUACAUAAACAUUAGUCUAUCUAUUAUAUAAUCAUACAUGCUCUUUACAAAAAAAAGUACAAAAUGUUACAGUAGCCAAAUCUGAAAGUUAUUACAGGUUAUAAAAAUAUUACAGGCAAAAACAGUCCUGUGGAUAGUAGUGCACAUGGUAGCAGUGAGCUGAGUGCUAGACAUUAAAACCUUGGUAAAAGAAGACACUACUUACUAAUGCCUUUUAGCAAUAGGAAAGAAUGCUCCUGAAACGUGGUAAUAGCACAGCUAAAAUUUAGAAAUACAGGUUACUUAAAUAACAUACUUGAAUCAUAUAUUUAGACAUUUAGGCUUAUUUGAAAACAAUUUUACUUUGCUUUAAUAUGAAUAUGCUUAGCAUCCCAGUAAGGAUGUGUUGCGAGUCUUGUCAUAAGAAUGAUAUGGCUA